GGAAUCAUUUGUAGUUGUUUGUAGUAAAAAAAGUUAAAGAGUAGUAAAAGUUUGUAGUAAAAAUUAGUGGAUUUAGAGCUCAGGUAACAUUCAUUGCUUUACCAUCGAUUACGGGUAGACUACCGUUGAGACAGAUCGACCUUAGUAAUUUAGAACUACCAAGGCACAUAGAGUUAACGGACCCAGAAUUCCAUAUACUUGGGGAGAUAGAUGCACUCAUUGGCAAUGCACUAUUUUAUGAUUUGUUAGAGACUAGUCAGAUUAAACUUAGCAGAUCUUCAGUCAUAUUGCAAAAUACACAGGUAGGAUGGAUUGUUAGAUAGUAAAAGCCGGAAUAAUUCUUGUAAGGCAAAUAGAUUUUGUCAUUUAGCCAUGUCCCUUGACACUCAAGUCAGUCGUUUCUGGGCGAUGGAAGAGGAGACCUUUUGGUGCAACCAUCCAUUACCCAGCAUCGUUGUGGAAAAACGUUAAAUCCACAUCUCGUAUAUAGUUUAGCUGAAUUUAGGUACCCUUAGGUAAAAUGGCACACAACUUGGAGCACAAAAGCCACUUGUUCGGCGCCUCUGGGAGUGCUAAUCAUGUUAGAAUUAUUGACGAGCACAUUAUGAGUGUGAAUGUAAAUAGUAUAAUCGUUGGACCACAGGCUGAGGAAUCUGCCACCGUGGAUGCGUUGGCAUAUGAAAUUUUGACCUCGGACUUAUUUAACCAUGAACUGAAUUUUGUAACUAAUACAGGUGAAAUCGACAUUAACGCGAGAGUGACAAUAAUGCAGGAGCCAGUGUCACGGACAGGUAAGAAGCGAAUGGCUUGGACAGCGGAAAGAACGGCCCCAAUCUGGAUAGACAGUGACUACAGUGCAAGGAUUGUACCAGUGAGUGAAGCCACCAGAGGUAGGAAUGCAAACUUAGUGACUAGGAACCACCAUGGGUCGCGUAUAUUUCAUGACGAUUUGACGAAUGCCAGUGUGUUGCAUGGAGGGGCUGUCGGUGACUUAGAGUUUGAUAGUACUAGCGCUUUACGUGCCAUAGUUGCUAGGGGGAGUGAGCUUAGAAUGCUGGCUCUGAAGGCGAUUUUGUGUCUGAAACAGCUCAGUUUAGCUUACACACUGGGUGAACAUGGUGAGAUUCGAUCAGCAGAGGUGGAUAUAGACGUAGGACAUGCAAAUAUGGAGGAUGUAGCCAUCGCAGCCCGGACAAACAGAUUACUCGUUGAUGUCGCGGGGUUUCCUGACGAGUACGUCAGUAUACUUCUCAAUUUGGUGCGAGCUUGGCCAUUUCAAGGGCUGUAUCCAACAGAUGAUGACACGACUAACUGUAUAUACACUGCCGUCAAGGUAGAUGCUGAUGCUGCGUUUGUAUAUACUACGGGAUAUUAUAGUUCAGACAUUCUCGUAAAGACAUUCUCUUGAAACAACUUACGCACUCUCCAAAGGAUAAUCAAAUAAAGUAGAAAUACAGUAUAGUACUCACAUCAACUGCAUUCAUUUUUACAUACAGUCCACUUAUAGUUCAGAACAUUGAACUUCACAGCAACAAUGAAGUCAAAAUAUUGGAAAUUUAAUGUUUGGCACAGUUUUGCCACUGAUAUCACAGGGAUCAUCCUACCUGAUCCGUAAUAAGCAAUAGGCCAGACCCCGAGCGUGUUGCUUAUUACGAGGCAAUCCUGUAGUGUUCGAAAAUACAUUAGUUUUAACCGUCGCCACGCGGAGCGCGGCAGCACUCUGGGGCGCGACCGGCAGCCACAUUGGAUGCGGGUCAGGCCGAUCAAUAAACGCGCUCUACGUCACCGAGAAGAAGCCAACGGCUCUUGCUACGACGAAGCCGGUUGAUCGGCCAUUACGUUCUUGCCUCGCUUCGCCUACACACGUGUUAUAUCAAGUUGUGUGAAUUCUACCGCUCAAACUCAAAAACUACGGUUUUCGCUAGUGCGUUUACGUUGCCAACGGCCAACGCGUUCGCGUGAGCUUCUCAGCUCAGGAAAACCCGUGUAAUUAAUAUAAUUACACGGUGCCAAGUGUUGCACCAACACAGCACGAACUCUUGUUUCAUCGCGACGCGAGUGAAAUACGAUCAACGAUCACGGUCGAGUGGAUUCAAUUUCGUCUCACCGCCAAUCCCCACAAACGGAACCAGUCGUCUCCAUUAACAACGCGGACAUUUUCGAUUUCAAUCUCGAACAGAUAAAUCAAAAUAUUUUUGUCGUAUAUUAUAGAUGUUACUGUAGUAGAAUAGAAAAAGGAAUAAUUUUAAGACGAAAAUUGUUUUACAUUAUGGUAAAACAGACUCGCUAUAAGUCAUUUAGAUGUAACAAUCUAAAUAUACGAGAAUUUAUAUUUUCGAUAAAUCAUGCAAUAUGAUUAUCGACGAAUGCAACAGUGUACCUACAAUUGUGCCGAAUCUAAGAGUACACACUUGUGAUCUAUUACAAUUUUUCGACCAUUUGUAUGAAUGUGAUGAUACAAGAAACUGUGUAUGUUAGAUAUAUGUACUAUUAAAAAAUAUUGUACAUAUAGAAGUUUCUCUGGGAACAUGAAACAGUCUGAGAAUAUAAUUAAGAGCUAAGAAACUAUGGAACUGAUCGACUUCCUCAAAAGAGAAUAUAUUUUUCUCACUACUAAAUUGUAAACGAUGUCUACCUCAGUAAUUCAGACAUGUAUGGAGAGAAUGAAAACUGUGAA